CUCAUCAUUCAUUAAAAAAAAAAAACCCAAAUUAGUUGGCCCGUAAAUAUUUUCAAUUACAGAUUCAGACCAUAUAUAAUCUCCUUCUCCCCAUCAUUUUCAAAAACUUUAUUUCCUAAAAAAAAAUGAAAAGUGAAAAGGAAUGUACAGGUGAUAUAUGUUUGAUGCCCAUAAAGACAACCAGAAAGAAGAUAAGUGAAGCCGUGGAGAAGCCGGAUGAGCCGCUUAGUCCGGCGGCGCGUGUAUUUCAUGCGCCGCAGUUUAACUGCUGUAUAAUAUCAAUGGUUGGGUGUAAGACUGAGAUCAAUUUGGAGGUAAUCAAACAAGGAAUGUAUGUAACCAUGGUUAAGCAUCCUCGCAUCUCUAGUAAACUGGUAUUUGAUCCAAAGAACCCAAGUACACCAAUUGGAUGGAUAAGAACCAAAGUAAAUGUAGACGAUCAUCUUAUAAUUCCAAAUUUGGAUUAUUCAGAAAUAAACUCCACAGAGAAAUUUGUUGAAGACUAUGUUACAAAUCUUUCCCAAACUCCUAUGGACUUAACUAAACCAUUAUGGGAAAUCCACAUCCUUAACAUCAAAACAAAGGAUGCUAAUGCCAUUGCAAUAUUUAGAAUGCACCAUUCCAUUGGGGAUGGUGUUUCUCUUAUGUCCUUAGUCCUUGCUUGUACUCGGAAAAGCUCGGAUCCUAAUGCAUUGCCCACUCUUCCUACUGAAAAUAAGAAGAAGAAGAAGAUUAUGGAUGACACAAAUGAUUCAUUUUGGUUGUAUAGGUGCUUUUUGUGGCUUGUUUUGGUGUUUAAGGUAUUGUGGAAUACAAUGAUAGAUCUAUUGUUAUUCACUAGUACAGCAUUGUUUCUUAAGGAUUCCAACACUCCUUUAAAAGGUUCUCCUGGGACUGAAACUGCUCCAAAGAAGUUUGUUUAUAGGACUUUGAGUCUUGAUGACAUCAAGUUGGUGAAGAAUUUCAUGAAUGUGACGAUAAAUGAUGUGGUUUUGGGGAUAACUCAGGCGGGAAUGUCACGUUACCUUAACAGGAAGUAUGGUGAAUUGAAGGGAGAUGAGACGGGCCAGAAGAACAAUUUGCCUAAGCAUAUUCGCCUCAGAUCAACCCUCCUCGUGAAUAUCAGACCAACUUCCAAACUUGAGGAUUUAGCAGAACAAAUGGAAGCAAAUGAUCCAAAGAAAAAAUGGGAAUGGGGGAACUCAAUUGGUUAUAUACUUCUUCCCUUUGACAUCUCAUUACAUGAUGAUCCUUUGGAUUACAUACGUAGUGCUAAGGCUACCAUCGACAAGAAGAAACAGUCCCUUGAAUCAGUUUUGACCUAUUCAUCUGCUAAGCUUAUGCUCAAGACCUUGGGCCUUAGGAUAACUGCAGGUGUAACAUAUAGAGUUUUGUCCAAUACUACCUUAUCUUUUUCAAAUAUGGUGGGUCCAAAGGAAGAAAUAAGCUUUUAUGGUCACCCCAUGACUUUCCUUGCUCCAAGUGUUUACGGACACCCACAUGCUUUGACAGUCCAUUACCAGAGUUACAUGGAUACAAUGACCUUAGUUCUAGCGGUUGAUCAAAAUGUGAUCCCAGAUCCCCACAAGCUUUGUGAUGAUAUUCAAGAUUUACUUGGACUUGCUAAGCAAGCAGCUCAGCAGUAAAACGUCUUCAUGAUUUAGAAUACAUUUUCAUGUUACAUUACUAGAUUGAUUGAACAACAUUAAACAUAUACUUCUAUUUUAUUAGAGGAACAAAGCAUAGAUAAUCAUGAUAUUCUAUCACGUGUAAAUUGACUACUUUAAAAUGGGGGUUCAUUUUAAAGUCAUAAACUUGUUUGUAACCAGACGCGAUUCAAAAAAAAUUGUGAUGUUGAUAAUUUAAUAAAGAAAAUUACAACUAAUUUUGUACAUAGUUAACCAAAGUUUCUAGAACGUCUCAUUGAAUUAGCACGAAAGAGAAAAUUAAAUGCUUUAUUUCUAUUUUUUUUUCAAGAUUUUGGUGGAAGCUAGAAAUUUUGAUAUGAAACUCCCGUUUCAAUUAUUCAUUCCUUUGGUGGAAGAGACAGAAAAUGGCAAAGAUCAAAGGCUUGAAAUAGUUGGAUGCAAGGAGACAAAAAAUGUGCAAUCAGUAUUGUGGAAUUGGAAAAUCAUGUUGCACACAAAUUAACCCUUAAAUCAGCAACUCAGUAUUGAUCAAUUUUAGAUUCUUGACGUGAUAUCAAAGUUUGUGUGACAAGAGAUUAAGGGUUCAAAUCUUAACCACAUUUCAUUUAUAGCGGAAUAUUUAUUGA